CUCAUCGCGCGGGGGGAGGCAGACCCAGCAGGGGCUGGGAGGAGACUUAUCCUUGGAGCAUCGGGGCACAGAAACCGGGACCAUCUCCUCUCUUGCGGAAACCUUAUGACUGUCAGGCUCUUCUACCCCGACUUAAUCCCUGGAGUGGAAUCUCCCAUGGCCCUCUUUUGCACUACUGCCCAUUUCCACCCUUGAGUUUUCCCCAAAGCAGGCCAGGGUUGUGGGCCCGAAGCUAUCUCUAUCGCUAGGGUCUCCUCUCCUCCCCAGCCGCCAUGACGAAGCUGCUGCCUGCCCAAGAGGCAGCCAAGAUCUACCACACUAACUAUGUGCGGAAUGCCCGGGCGGUGGGGGUAAUGUGGGGUACCCUCACCAUCUGCUUCUCUGUUCUGGUCAUGGCUUUGUUUAUUCAACCCUACUGGAUUGGAGACAGUAUUAACACACCCCAGGCUGGCUACUUUGGCCUCUUCUCCUACUGCGUGGGCAAUGCCUUGACUUCAGAGCUGAUCUGCAAAGGCAGCCCCCUGGACUUCAAGACCAUACCCUCCGGUGCCUUUAAGACUGCCAUGUUCUUCGUGGCUGUUGCCAUGUUUCUCAUCAUUGGUUCCACCAUCUGCUUCAGCCUCUUCUUUGUCUGUAAUACAGCUACUGUCUACAAGAUCUGUGCCUGGAUGCAGCUGGCAGCUGCUACAGGCUUAAUGAUUGGCUGUCUGGUCUACCCGGAUGGCUGGGAUUCCAGUGAAGUAAAGCGCAUGUGCGGGGACCAGACAGACAAAUACACGUUGGGUGCCUGUACCAUCCGCUGGGCUUUCCUGCUCGCCAUGAUCAGCAUCAUGGAUGCCCUCAUUCUCUCCCUUCUGGCAUUUGUCCUGGGUUACCGGCAAGACAAGCUCCUCCCCUCUGACUACAAAGCAGAUGGAAAUGAGGAAGUUUGAAACAGUUCAACAUCAGGGACAAGUGCUUCCUGUAAAGAAUCCACACACAAGUUAUGGAAUCUGAUUCCUCAGAUAAAACUUUAUUCCUUCCCAAGUCCUCCACCUUCCUCUACUUGAGUCCUUAAGUUUCAAUGCAAUGUGGAAUUACAAUUUGGGAUUUUACCAUGGUUGGAGAAGACACAGACUAAUGGUGGUGCUACUUUUCAGGUGCUACAGAAAAACUAAGGAAGGGCAGCCACUAGCUGAUGAAUUGAUAUUGGGCUGAGAGCUAGAAGAUGUGGUUCUCCCUUGUUCCAGGUCUUCCAUUAAUUAGCCAAGUAUCCUGAAAGAAGUUUUCACUUCUAAGGAUGUUUUCUCACCUCUAAAAGGAAGGUUGGAUUCAAUCUCUAAGAUCCCUUUUUGGGGACAGCUAGGUGGUGUAGUAGAUAGAAGACCAGCCCUGAAGUCAGGAGGACCUGAGUUCAAAUUUGGUCUCAGACACUUAACACUUCCUAGCUGUGUGACCCUGGGCAAGUCACUUAACUCCAGUUGCCUCAAGGGGAAAAAAAUCUUCAAGAUCCCUUUUUAGUUUCUAAUAAUCCAUAAAAGCCUAAAGGAGUAAAGUCUUUGAGAUUGGGGCUAUUUAAAAAUAACAUGUAGUUAAUUUUAUCUAGGCUUACUUCUGUGGAGUUUUUAGACAUGACUAUUUCAGAUGCAUGGGCUAAUUAUCUAGGUGUGAAAAAUCUCUCUGAUUUUUUUCUCUCUCUUGCUCAUUUUACUGCUCAAAAAUGCAGAACUGAUAUAGAUACACUAACUCAAAAUAACCUAAUAUUUGUAAACAAAACAACAACAAAACUUGUCAAAAUCAGUGUUACAAAAAAUUAUUUUUUACUUUUGCUAACUUAGAAUCCCAUGGCACACUAUCCCCAUCUCUCCCAUUAGCAGGAUAUUCAAGUUGACUAUCCUUGCUAAAUUGGUAGAAUUUAUAUUAUUCUUCUAAAAGCCCCCUGGCAUCAGUACCUGUCACAUUAAUGCAGCAGGAGUUGUAACAGUUUGGACACAUUUUCCAUGUACAAAAUAAAAUGCAUUCAAAAUGGAAUGCCUUACAAAAUUCUCCAUGUCAGAAUGCAGGUUAAAAACUCAUUGCGUUGUUUUAGUACAAAGACAUGCUUUGUUUGGUAAAGUUAUUUCUGGGUUUGGGGAAAAGUUAACAGGGCUUGAAUGAUCUGGUUACAAAGAAUUCUUUGAGAUGAAUAAUCCGGGUUAUUUUCUCCUACUAUUGUAGCAAGUAAGCAGGUACUGAUUCUUUGUACUCUGAAGUUGGGGAAUACAGCUCAACUCUUAAAUUCUUCCCAAUUCCUUUGUUCAAACACUGAUCACUUUGUCCCAAUCUUUCAAAAUAUUUGGGCUCACACAUAUAUUCAAUACAUACACUCCUAGGAACUAGUAGAAAAGUAAAAAGGAUAUUAUUCUGCCCUCUCUACCCCUCCUAGCUCUAAUGAAGUUAAGUACCUCCCCUUGCUACAAUCUCCAUUAUCUCCAGGGUCGAGUAAACUGCAAAUAUAGUUCUCAAUGUUUUACAUAUUAAAACUGUCAUUAUUCAUUAACAAGCAUUUGCUAAGCAUACAUGAAAUACACAAAGAAAACAAAAAGUUUCUAUCUCCAAAGAGACACUGUUCUAUAGACAUGCACAUAAAUGGAUUUAAGAUUAUUUUGGGGCACCAACAACUGGAGGGGAUUAGUAAAGAUUUCAUAUAUAAGACUGCACAUGAAAUGGGUCUUUAAGAAAAAAAAUUACAAUUAGGUAUCUUAAGGGGGUAAAGAGAACCUAUUCUCUAAGGGAAUAUAUAAAGAUGAUCAAUUUACAUCAGUAUCAUAUUCUUUUACUAAUGACAUUGAUGACAUCCCAUCUUUCUCCCACCCCCUACUUGAACAAACACAAAAACCUUAUUAUUUUCAGAAUUUAAAAAAAUAAUCUAGCAGGGAUGUUUUCUGGAGUAACCAUAUAUACUUAUUUCCUCUCAUUUUAAGCAUUCAGGAAAUUCUUGGAAAUUUAUACAAGGUCAUUUCCCCUCUAUGCACCUCAGUUACAGAAUAAAGGAGCCAGGCCCUCUUCUCAGAAUUGUUUUUAAAUGCCCCAAAUAUGCAAAAUUACAAAAGAAACCAAACACUUAAUACAGUCCUCAAAAUAUGAAAAGUUCACAAACCCCAGGCCACAUUAAGGUUCCUUUUUGCUCAGAUUUCUAAGAUUUAAGCUACAACAAAGAGCUCACUCAAUGGCACUAGUUAAAUUUUCUACUGAUAGCUACCUUACUCUGAUCUUCUCUACUGAGCUGGGGCUAUAGGACUAUUGAUGUCAAGUUUGAUUAAGGGACAAGGGCGUUUGAGAUCCAAACUUAACCUUGCAGAGACAGAUUUGAAAGAAGUGAAUUGAGGCUAUUAUCUAUAUUUCUUUUCGAUUUAAGUCCCAAACCUGAACUUGAAAGGAACCUAUUUUUCACAAAUUUGCAAACUAUGUCCCUCUCUUAUCCUUACAAUCAUUAACCGUUGUUCAUACUUCCCAGGUCAUGUCCUUUUAUUUAAUGAACUUUUAAAAGACAUGUUUGGCAUAAAAUGAAAUUAGGUUCCAAUUCUCUUAGCCACUUAUUACCUUGCAACUAUCUCUGGGAUUGGAGUGACAAAGAAACUGGAGUUUGGAAAUUGGAGUGCUGAGAAAAGUGGACCAAAAUCUAAAGGUCCACAGUAGUAAUGUUUCCUCUAAAACAGAGGUUCUUCAUGUUUUUCCAUCCUUGUACUUCUUGGUUUUCAGUAAGGCUAGACCCUUUCUUCAAUAGAGAAGUAACUACUGCACAUGAGAAAUCAAUUUCAACAGGAUAAUAACAUUAUUAAAUGUUCCCCAUAACUUCUAGAUAAUCUUUUUUUAUUCCCUAGGUGGAAUAUAUGUAGGCCCAGAUUGAGGAUCUUUGCUGUAGAACUAAGAUGUCAAAGAACAAACAGGUGGAAAUUAUUCAAUAAAGUAUUUUCAAAUUAACAUUUCAAA